UCCAUCUCUCACAUUAAUCAUUAUUAUUCACUCUUUCUAGCUACCUCUUCUAAUCCAUAAUUAACCCAAGUUUUAAUUAUUUUAAUCUCAUUAUGCUUAAGUCCAAGCCAACAACACUUCUUCUCAUAACACUCGCUUCGUUAUUCUUAUUCCAAAGCUCACUCUCUUCUUUCUCUUUCUUACUCUUCACUCUCUUGCUCUUCGCUCUUUCUCUUAACUACUGGCUUGUCCCCGGAGGUUUUGCAUGGAGGAACCACAGAGACCUCUCUGGUCCCAUGGGUUGGCCCUUGUUGGGUUCUCUACCUCAAAUGGGUUCCCUGGCACACGCAAAACUCGCUUCCAUGGCUACAAACUUGAAGGCGAAGAGGCUCAUGGCGUUCAGUCUUGGCUCCACACCGGUUAUCAUAAGCAGUCACCCUGAAACCGCAAGGGAGAUUCUCUUCGGUUCUUCAUUCUCCGAUCGACCAAUCAAAACUUCUGCAAAAACCCUAAUGUUCGAGCGCGCCAUUGGUUUCGCCCCUUCCGGAACCUACUGGCGCCACCUGAGAAGAAUCGCCGCUUUCCACAUGUUCUCUCCUAAAAAUAUUCAGAGCUUGGAGAAUCUGCGGCAUCGCCUGGCUUCUGAGAUGGCGGUGAAAGCAAUGGGGAUGAUGGAGGAGAAAGGGUUUGUGGAAGUUCGUAGUGUGUUUCAGGAAGGCUCUCUGAGCAACAUUCUGGAGAGUGUGUUUGGUUCUUCUUCUUCGUUGAUUAGUGAGGAGUUGGGAGAUAUGGUGAAAGAAGGGUAUGAAUUAAUCCAUAUGUUUAACUUGGAAGAUUAUUUUCCAUUGUUGAAGUUUGUUGACUUUUAUGGUGUGAAGAGAAGGUGUCACAGAUUGGCCAGUCAGGUUAAAAGUGUGGUUGGUAACAUUGUGGAUCAAAGAAAAAAGUGUCCCCAAUCGUUGCUUCGAAACAAUCACGAUUUUCUUAGCACUUUACUUUCACUGCCUAAUAAGGAAGAAAGCUUAGCUGAUUCGGAUAUGGUCGCUAUUCUUUGGGAAAUGAUAUUUAGAGGAACAGACACAGUGGCCAUAUUACUGGAAUGGAUCAUGGCAAGGAUGGUACUUCACCAGGACAUACAAAUGAAAGCCCGCCAAGAGAUUGACACGUGUGUUGGCCAAAAUGGUCACGUGCAAGAUUCCCACAUUCCCAACCUCCCUUACCUUCAGGCCAUAGUCAAAGAGGUACUCCGCUUGCACCCGCCGGGCCCAUUGCUAUCAUGGGCCCGCCUAGCUGUUCACGAUGUCCACGUGGACAAAGUCUUUGUGCCAGCUGGCACAACUGCAAUGGUUAACAUGUGGGCUAUAUCGCAUGACUCUUCUAUAUGGGAAGAGCCUUGGGCUUUCAAGCCCGAACGAUUCUUGAAGGAAGAUAUAUCCAUUAUGGGCUCAGACUUGAGGCUAGCGCCGUUUGGUGCAGGGCGUAGGGUGUGCCCGGGGAGAGCGUUGGGCUUAGCCACUGUCCAUAUCUGGCUUGCACGGCUUCUCCACCAUUUCGUCUGGCUUCCCACGGCACAACCCGUGGAUCUUUCCGAAAAUCUCAGGCUUUCUCUCGAGAUGAAGACACCUUUGCGUUGCCGACUAGUUCCUAGACAUAACUACGUAAGCCCUUAAGCCCAAAUGUGCACAAAUUGGAAUCUAUUAUAGCUUGUCAAGUUAUUCCAUAUUUAUCUCUCUUAAAAAUAUUUCUAUAUCGUUAUGAAACUCAUCUCUAAGUUUUAUCCUCUAUUUUCACCUAGCUAUUAUUAGAUUAUUAGAUACAGAUAGAACCCCGACCUAGCUAGCUAAUAUAAGUUAGUCUUUAGUAUUUGAAUAAGGUGAAAACUCAGGUGCAGUCGACUUCACCUGAAGUUGAUCGCUGAGAGUCGUUAGAUGAUUUGAUUGAUUUGACUAAAUUUUCAUCUAACAACUCUCAACUAUUAACUUUACGCAAGAUUUACUACACCUGAAUUUUCACCUUCGAAUAAAUAUGCGAGUUUGGCAGAAAUUAAUGUACGGAUUAAGAGAAGAGAUUACGUGUCCCUUUAAACUUGUAAAAUGUAAAUUACUGUAUGCAAUGAAGUUGUUCUCUAGUUUCUUCUCCAAUAA